UGAAUUAUUUAAUUUUAAGGUAGUAUCUAAAGCUGUGUGCUUGAUUGCAAAACUCUCCAUUAUAAAGUCAGUGUAAAAUAUCACAGACUUUAAUGCAUAAAGCUCCUACCCUUUUGUAAUUUUGUUGCAUAAAUAGGUUUUUGUAAUUAUUCAACAAGAAUGGGAGAUGGGUUUGAUUCAUUUAUAGUCUUUUUCUAGCUUGUUAUUCAAAUUUGAUCAUUUUGUGCUGUUAGGCUGAUGAAAUUUAUAUUAUGUGGCUGCACCUGAUUGAGCAGCGAUGGACCCACUAAUUGAUAAUAUCAAAAUUGAGCCCGUCUCUUUGUUUUAUUUUGUCUUCUUCUUGUGGGAUAAGUACUGAGUUCUUGAGUUACUUAGAUUUGUUUUUGUGGGUGUGGAGGUUCUUGAUUUUGUGUUUGAUUUUGAAAGUUGAGGCCUUUUUGUGUUGGGGUUGAAUUUUCGGAGGUUCUUGAAAUUGGGUUGUGGUUUGUGUAUGUGUUGUUGAGUUUGAAUGGCUAGUGGGGAAGAUAGUUGUGAAAAUGGUGGAACUAAAGGGAGUAUGUGGGAUUUGGACCAGAAGCUUGAUCAGCCUAUGGAUGAGGAGGCUGGAAGAAUAAAGAAUAUGUACAGAGAGAAAAAAUUUUCGGCUAUAUUGCUUUUGCGACUUGCAUUCCAGAGUCUUGGAGUGGUUUAUGGAGACUUGGGAACAUCUCCCUUAUAUGUCUUUUACAAUACCUUUCCUGAUGGAAUCAAAGACACAGAAGAGAUCAUCGGAGCACUGUCAUUAAUUAUAUACUCCCUCACACUCAUCCCACUAUUAAAGUAUGUCUUCCUUGUGUGUCGGGCGAAUGACAAUGGCCAAGGUGGUACUUUUGCUCUUUACUCACUGCUCCGCCGACAUGCAAAAGUUAAUACAGUUCCAAACCAGCAUCGGACUGAUGAGGAGUUGACAACUUAUAGUCGUAGCAUCUUUCAUGAAAAUUCAUUUGCUGCAAAAACCAAGAAAUGGUUGGAAGCAAAUGGAUUUAGAAAAAACAGUCUUCUUAUGCUCGUCCUUGUUGGCACUUGCAUGGUAAUUGGUGAUGGGAUUCUUACUCCAGCUAUAUCAGUUCUUUCAGCUUCUGGAGGAAUUAAGGUGGACCAUCCGCAGAUGAGUAAUGAUGUAGUUGUGAUUGUGGCUGUUGUCAUAUUAGUCGGUUUGUUUAGCAUGCAACAUUAUGGGACAGAUAAAGUUGGGUUUAUAUUUGCCCCAAUCGUUCUGCUUUGGUUUAUAUUGAUCGGAGGUAUUGGAAUGUACAAUAUUCUGAAAUAUGACAGAAAAAUUGUGCGGGCUAUCUCCCCUGUUUACAUAUAUCAUUACUUUAGAAGGGGUGGAAAACGUUCUUGGACCUCUCUCGGAGGGAUCAUGCUUAGCAUCACAGGGACGGAGGCGCUUUUUGCUGACCUGGCCCACUUCCCGGUUUCAGCAAUACAACUUGCUUUUACAGUAGUUGUUUUUCCUUGUCUUUUAUUAGCUUAUUCUGGCCAAGCAGCCUACCUCAUGAAGAACAGCGAACAUGUGCGUGAUGCAUUCUAUCGUUCCAUUCCAGACACCAUGUACUGGCCUAUGUUUAUAGUUGCUACUUUAGCUGCUAUAGUUGCAAGUCAGGCCACCAUCUCGGCUACUUUCUCAAUAAUCAAGCAGGCCCUUGCACUUGGCUGUUUCCCCAGAGUCAAGGUUGUACAUACAUCAAAAAAAUUUCUUGGGCAAAUAUAUAUUCCCGAUAUUAAUUGGAUCCUUAUGCUUCUUUGCAUUGCUGUUACUGCUGGAUUCCGAAAUCAAAGCCAAAUUGGUAACGCUUAUGGGACCGCAGUUGUUAUUGUCAUGCUGGCUACCACGUUUCUCAUGACUUUAAUCAUGCUGUUAGUAUGGCGCUGUCAUUGGAUUAUAGUCCUUAUAUUUACAGUUUUGUCCCUACUGGUGGAGUGUACCUACUUCUCAGCUGUACUUUUCAAGGUUGAUCAGGGUGGUUGGGUUCCGCUUGUUAUUGCAGCGGCAUUUCUCAUAGUAAUGUAUAUUUGGCAUUAUGGUACUGUGAAACGUUAUGAAUUCGAGAUGCACAGUAAGGUCUCCCUAGGAUGGAUCCUUGGCCUCGGCCCCAGUUUGGGACUGGUCCGUGUCCCUGGGGUGGGACUCGUAUACACAGAGCUGGCAAGUGGGGUACCUCGUAUUUUUUCACAUUUCAUCACGAACUUGCCCGCUAUUCAUUCUGUAGUUGUUUUUGUCUGUGUCAAGUACCUGCCAGUUUACACAGUACCUGAAGAUGAAAGGUUUCUUGUCAAACGCAUUGGACCGAAAAAUUUUCACAUGUUUCGCUGUGUUGCAAGAUAUGGCUACAAAGAUCUCCACAAGAAAGACGAUGAUUUUGAGAAAAAGCUCUUCGCUAGCCUCUUUUUGUUUGUUCGGCUCGAGUCUAUGAUGGAAGGAUGUUCUGAUUCUGAAGAGUACAGCUUGUAUGGUCAACAAACCCAACAGUCAAGAGACAUGAUGCUGGAAGAUAACCCAAAUACCAAUAUCUCCUACGCUGACUCCACAAUUUCUACAAUAGACUCCAUUGUUCCAGCCAAUGCAAACCAUACUGGCAUGUCAUCUGGACAAGUGAGCAGUCAUACAGAGAUCGAUGAAACUGAAUUCCUCAACGCUAGUAGAGAUGCCGGGGUCGUCCACAUCCUUGGGAACACUGUGAUAAGAGCAAGGCGAGAUGCAGGGUUCCAUAAAAAGAUAGCUAUAGACUAUAUAUAUGCGUUUUUAAGAAAGAUAUGUAGGGAGAACAGUGUUAUAUUUAAUGUUCCUCAUGAGAGUCUGCUAAAUGUUGGACAGAUUUUCUAUGUUUGAAGUUUGUUUUUUUUUUUUUUGCUAAAUUCUAUGUUUGAAGUUCACUGUUGGUAAAUUAGAACUCUCUGAUCUGA